GACGCGUCGCGCUGACAGUUCACUGUGGUUACAGUUGGCAGAGCUACUUCCUGUAAGCUCCUCCGGGAGCUGAAGCCUUUGAAUGGUCCCCGUCGUCUUCUUCGGGGUGGGCUGGUUGGUUGGUUUUUAAAGAGCCCUUUUAAUUUUUAAACUUCUGCUGCUGAAGAGGCUGCCUGGCGACCACAAGGCGGGAAGUCGGUUCGGGAUCGCGGGGGAAUGAUGGUGUGGGGAAAGGCGCCCGCGCCCUUCUCCUCCUCCUCGAGGGGGGUCCUGACUGUCGAAGCUAUGAGCGCCAGGGGUGAUCCCAGGAGGAGAUCCCUCCCUCGGGACAGGCUGGGCUUCUCCUUAUGGGCGCUGCUGCUGCUGCUUUUGGUCCUCUGCUGCCGGAAAACAUGUGGGGUGGCCACUCCUGAUCAGGUGAAACCCACCAUCACAAUGGAGCAGUUGCUGUGGCUGAGUGGCAGCGUGAUUGGGGAGGUGAACACCUUCAGAGUUCCUCUCAUCACAGCGACGCCUCGGGGCACCCUUUUGGCCUUCUCCGAAGCCAGAAAGCACUCGGCCUCUGACAUCGGAGCUAAAUUCAUAGCCCUUCGCAGGUCGCUGGACAAAGGCACUACGUGGAGCCCAACUUCAUUCAUAGUUAACGAUGGUUCCCUGGCCGACGGCCUCAACCUUGGAGCCGUGGUGGUGGAUUCAGAGGAGGCCAUUGUGUUCCUGAUAUAUAGUCUCUGCGCCCACUAUAACAAAUGUCCCAUUGCCAGCACCAUGAUCAUUCGCAGCCGUGAUGACGGGGUCACGUGGAGCAUCCCCCGGAACCUCUCUGAGGAGGUUGGCACAACCAUGUUUGCCCCUGGACCGGGCUAUGGUAUCCAGAAACGUUAUGAGCCCAAGAAGGGGCGCUUGAUUGUUUGUGGCCAUGGGACGAUAUCGCGGGAUGGGAUCUCCUGCCUCCUCAGUGAUGACCAUGGCUGGAGUUGGCGAUAUGGGCGGCAACCCUUGCAUGGGAUCCCUUACGGUGGGGUGAAGCUUCCCAGUGACUUCAAUCCUGAUGAAUGCCAGCCCUAUGAGCUGUUGGAUGGCUCCGUGGUGAUCAACGCCAGGAACCAAAACUUCUACCACUGCAGUUGCCGCAUCGUCAUCCGCAGCUACGAUGCCUGCGACACCCUCCCACUGGAGAACGUGACAUUUGAUAGCACCUUGGUGGAUCCAGCUGUGGCUGCAGGGGCCCUUGUCAAAUCUGGUCUUGUCUUCUUUAGCAACCCGGCCCACGAGAGCCAACGGGUUAACAUGACGCUACGCUGGAGUUUCACCAAUGGGUCUUCAUGGUGGAAGGAGUCUCUGCAGAUCUGGAGCGGAGCCAGCGGCUACUCCUCCAUGACAUCAUUAGACGGAACCUCCCCAGAGGAUGCCCACAGCCUCUUUAUCAUUUACGAGAAGGGACGGGUUCAGUCCACGGAGAGCAUCUCUGUGGUCAAGAUUAGCAUCAACGGGAAGCUCUGACCACACCUUUACGUCCUCCAUCUGCUUCCUCCCCAUGUGCCUUUAUCACUCUUGAACCUUGUGACUGCUGGGUUAGGACAGAAGGGAAUUUGCAUUGGGAGAAAUCAGCAGAGCUGGGUGGGAGGGCUGAAUGUUGUGAUUUGAAGGGCAUUGGCACAGGACUUGGGAGGGCCCUGCUGCAGUAGGAGUGGAUCUUUAGGAGGGCUGAGUCUGUCCCUCAUCCUUGCCCUACACUCUGCAGGCCUCCCUAGGGAGGAAUGCGAACAGGAGCCUUUCCCCACGAUGAUGUUAGGGCUGCCAUUCUACCUCAAAAACAUUCCUAAUUUUAGAUGCUGCUAUUGAAUUUCUGGGUGGGUGGAGAUUUCUGGGGGUGGGAAGAGGAAGACGAUGACAACAGAGAAGAAAGUUGACUGAUAAAGAAGCAAGUGAUUAUCCAGGAUUGGAUUGCGAUUUCUUAUUAGUGGAAUCAACUGGGAAGAAGAAAAUCGGAAAGAUUUAUAAUGAAUAAAUUA